AUGCGUCGAACCACUCUAUUCCACAUUGCAUCCACCGUGGUAGCCUUACAUUCCGCCGAUCUCGCCAGCCAUGUCUUGACAGACACCGGCUCUGUGGGGGGAGGAAAUACCUUCCCGGGGGUAUCUAGACCCCUGGGUAUGGUAAAGCUGGGCCCAGACUUGGAAAACGGCGUGGACGCGUACUCGGGCUACCUGCCGGACGGCCACUUCACCGGCUUCUCCAUGCUCCAUGAGUCCGGCACCGGCGGGGCCCCCAAGUACGGCGUAGUCAACCAGAUGCCGAUCGUAGGCGCCGUCGACAACCCGCUCAGCCAGAACACCGACACCCGGGCCCGGCCGGACGAGACGGAGCUCGGCUACUACAGGGCGUUUCUCGGCUCCGGGGUUGUGGUGGAGCUGGGCGCGUCGGAGAGGGCCGGGAUGUACCAGUACACUUUUCCCGGGAACGAUAGCAGCAGCGACGGCAGCAGGACCCCGAGGAAUCACAUCAUUGUGGAUGUCUCGCACGUCUUGCCGUCGUACAGAGGGCAAGGCCUCGGUCAGAAGUAUCUCGGUGGAGGAAUCGAGGUCAUUGACGGCAGCGACGGAUUUCACUAUGAGGGAUACGGAUCCUACGACAAUGGUUGGAAUCGUGCCGCCGAGUGGAAAGUCUACUUUUGCGGCUCCUUCGACCAGCCGCCCUCGUCUUACAAGACCUUCCUCGGUACCGACCUCACCUCGGACAAACUCUCCAAAUACAGCAAUGAGACAAAGUCCUACUCCUCCAGGACGCAGCGCCUAGGCGCCAUCUUCACUUUUGCCGAAACUUCAUCUUCCGCGCCGACGGUCGUCAAGUCUCGUGUCGGCGUCUCCUUCAUCUCGACCUCCCAGGCAUGCCGCAACGUCAACGCCGAGAUCCCGGCCGGAACGAGCCUCUCGUCCCUCAGGACGGCAACCCGCGAAGCGUGGACCGCCAAAGUACUCUCCAAGGUCACGACGACGGAGACGAACAAGACGAAGCUAAACCAGCUGUACUCGGCGCUGUACUUCAUGAACCUCUUACCCACCAACAAGACGGGGGAGAACCCGCUCUGGAACUCGUCCGAGCCGUACUACGACGACAUCUUUACCUUUUGGGAUACGUUCCGCUGCACCACGUCCCUCCUACACAUCCUCCAACCCCAAGCCCACGAAGAAUUCAUCCGCUCCACAAUCGACAUCUGGCGGCACGAAGGCUUCGCCUCGGACGCCCGCUCCUCCCUGUACAACGGCGCCGUCCAGGGCGGCUCCAACAGCGACAACGUCCUCGCCGACGCCUACGUAAAGGGCGUCCGCGGCGCCGUCGACUGGAACGACGGCCUCGCGGCCAUGCUCACAAACGGGAAAGUCGUCCCGCCCCCCAACAACGACCCGCGCGACCCCUCCUCCUCCACAAAGGAAGGCCGCGGCGCCCUCCCAGACUGGCUCGAUCUCGGCUGGGUCUCCUCCCCCCGGUUCGCCCGCGCCGUCACCCGCGCCGUCGAGUACGCCGUCAACGACUUUGCCAUCCACCAAGUCGCGCGCGGCCUCGGCCAAGACGCCCUCGCAACCACGUACCUGAACCGCUCGCGCAACUGGCGAAACCACUGGAACGAAAACAUGACGGCCCACGGCUUCACCGGCUUCCUGGGCCCCCGCAACGCGAACGGCACAUUCCCCUCCCCGCCGCAGGACCCCCUCAACUGCGGCGGCUGCUACUGGGCAGAGGCGUACUACCAGGCCACGCCUUGGGAGUACACCUUCAACGCGCACCACGACGUCGCCCACUUGAUCACGCUGGCCGGGGGACCCACGCGGUACGCCGACAGGCUAGAAAAGACGUUCGAGCCGGGCGGGUACAGCGGCAACGGCGCCUUUGGCAAUACAAUCUUCAACCCGGGCAACGAGCCGUCCUUCGGGACGCCGUAUCUCUUCAACUUUGUCAACAAGCAGCAUCUCUCAGUCAAGCACGCCCGCUUCGUGGCCAAGUCAUAUUAUAAGCCCACGCCGGACGGCUUGCCGGGGAACUCGGACGCCGGGGCGAUGGAGUCCUGGCUCCUCUGGAACAUGAUCGGGCUCUAUCCGCUGACAGGGCAGACGACGUUCCUGAUUGGGUCACCCUGGUUCUCCGACCUGAAGAUAUCGCUCGGCGGCGGUCGGGAGCUACAGAUCACUUCGUCGGGCGGAUCCGAGGAUGUGUACUACGUUCAGAGCCUGCGCGUCAACGGUAAAAAGUGGGACAAGACGUGGGUGACGUGGGAGGACAUUUUCGCCAAGGGCGGGACGCUGAAGUUUGAGCUGGGACCUGAGCCGGUGGAGUGGGCGACCGGAGAGCUGCCGCCGAGCCCGGCGAGCGUGGGUGGCCAGAAGGAGAAGAUUGUGGCGCUGAGGGAGCAACGGUAG